AUGAAACUUCUGACGGUCGCAUUUUCCCUUCUUCUUCUUGGGCAAGUCAAUGCCAGUCCUUUAGUACUCGACAAAAGGACUUCCUGCCAGGUCGGUGGCAUUGAUAAGAUCGGUGCUGCGGACGCGGCCUGCAGUGCUUCGGUUGUCAACCUAACGAUCAAGCAGUGGCGCGGAUCUAACAGGAGUAGCCUUGAAAUCUGCCGAGGCUGUACCCUUGAGGCUCGCUGCUUUGAGCUCCAAAGCAAUAAUAACCUACACAAUUGCUCGAAUGGAAUGAAUUCUGGGUCCUCGAUUCAAGUCGACACUCUGAUUUUCCGGAACCUUUUGCCAUCCGCUCCUGUAUUGAAACGUAAUAAUGCGUCAACUCACUCAGCUUAUGCUAUUUAA